UGUUGAGGGAGGUUGUUGCUUCGCGCGCUCCCGGAGCCUCGUUAGCGUGUGUGUGUGUGUUCUUUCGAGUUCAGUUUCCCGUUUUCACUUUACUCUCUCAGAGAUACGAACAAAGUGCGAUUUUUCUCUCAUAGUAUAGAGUUUUAGACAGACACUCGCACUCGAUUUAAGCUAGAAGUGUGCGAAUUUAUUUUUUUGUGUGUGGUGAACUUUUUCUAAUGAGGACUUAGCUUUUACCUCAUUACGAAAAUUGUUGGAAAACCAGCUGCAAGCAAGAACAUCCAUCAACAUAGUACAGAACGGAAGAACAUGAAACCCAAGAAUUAAAGGAAAAAAAAAAUACUACAACAAACAACAGGAAAAAUCCGGACCAGAAAAGGAAUAAACAGAACAGCAACAGCAGAAACUACCCUCCCCCCCACCCCCACCCCUCGUCACUCCCUCCCCGUACUCCCGCCUUCCACGUUGAGCAGAGGAGAACCCAGGGACCGUCGGCCCUCGUCCAGCGCGUCCAGUGGAAAGGCCCCCUGAUGUGUCUGCUGGGGUGACCUGUCUGCCAGCAUGGGGCCUCCGCUGUUACUCCUCCUGUGCUGUUGGCUGGCUCUCUCGGCGCCGCAGGUCGUGGCGCUACAUACAGCAUUAUGUGAGUCCGCCUUGGGGAUGCAAUCUGGCGUUAUACCAGACGAGCACAUCUCCGCCUCCUCCUAUUUCGAUGCCGCUGUCAACGCGAUCUAUGCCAGAGCGCACGUGGAGGCGGGCGGCGGCGCGUGGUGCCCCCGGGACAUGGUGUACAACGAGGGCAAGGAGUUCCUGGAGGUGAACCUGGGCGGCCUGCACGUGGUGGCCAAGGUGGAGGUGCAGGGGCGCUUCGGCAACGGCCAGGGGCGCGAGUUCGCCAGGCAGUACAAGCUGCAGUUCUGGCGGCCCGGACUCGCGCACUGGGUCACCUACGCGGACGGGCGUGGACACGAGCUUCUGGAGGGCAACACCAACACGUACCUGGCGCAGUCUUCGCAGCUGACGCCGCCCAUCGUCGCGGCGCGCGUGCGCUUCGUGCCCUACAGCGACCACCCGCGCACCGUCUGCAUGCGCGUCGAGGUUUACGGAUGCCCCUACACAGACGGCCUGCUGUCGUACUCGAUGCCCGACGGCGACCCGCGCGGCGGCGACGGCGCGCUGCGCGACCUGACCUACGACGGCGCGCGCAAGGACGGCUGGCUCUCGGGUGGCCUCGGCCAGCUCACCGACGGCGAGACCGGGCACACCAACUUCCGCGUCGACGCCCUCGGCAGGGGCAGAGGCUACGAGUGGAUCGGCUGGAAGAACGACACGCGGCAGACGCGGCCCGUCGAGAUCACGUUCGAGUUCGACUCCGUCAGGAACUUCUCGGCCGUCCACAUCUACACCAACAACUUCUUCACCAAGGACACGCAGGUGUUCUCGCGCGCGCGCGUGCUGUUCAGCGCGGGUGGUGAGCACUUCCCCGCAGCGCGCGCCGUCGAGUACGAGUACGUGGUGGACCGCAUCUUCGAGAACGCGCGCAACGUCACCAUCCGCCUCCACAACGCCGCCGCCAAGUUCGUGAAGCUGCAGCUGUUCUUCGCGCUGCGCUGGAUCAUGAUCUCCGAGGUCGCCUUCGACUCGGAGCCCUGCCGAUGCAACAUGACCCCCGAGGCGCCCCCGCCCACGCCCACAGAGAGCCUGGGCGAGAGCCAGGUCAUCCCGGUGGUGCCCGCCCACGGCGGCUCCUCGGGCCUGCUGGUGGGCGGGCUGGUGACGCUGGGCGUGGUGUUCGGCGUGGUGCCCGUGGCGCUGUGCGUGCUGUACUACCGCAUGCGGCUGACCAAGAAGGCGAGCAAGACGUCGCUGUCGGGCGAGGGCGGCCUCGACACCCGGAAGGUGUCCAUGAAGAUGAAGGACCUGCACAUCAACAUGAACCUGUCGCAGCUCUCGAACGGCUACUCGCGCGCCAAGGGCAACCUGUACGGCCACGUGGCCAUGGACGAGGAGGCGGCGGCCAUGUACCAGGAGCCGUUCAAGGGGCCGCUGCACAACCCCGGCUACCACACGCUGGCGCCGUCCGACGCCUCCUUCAAGGGCUCCAAGCCGCCCGGCGCCGACGACUCCGUGGAUUACGCCAUCCCCGGCAUGAACGUGACGCCGCCGCCGCCCUUCUCCGACGCCUUCUCGCCGCCGCCCAUCCCGCUCUCGCGCCCGCCCGCGUCGCUCGCCCGAGGCCUGUCGCAGGAGCACGCCCUCCUGGCGCCGCCCACGCCGCCCAUCCCGCCCCCGCCGCAGCAGCACUACUUCACGGCGUCGCAGGUGUGCCAGGCCGGCAACAUCCAGGGCGUGACGGGCGGCGUGGCGUUCGCGGCCACGGACACGGCCGACCUGGCGGAGGACCAGGCGGUGCCCGAGGUGCCCCGCCACUGCCUGACGGUGCUGGAGACGCUGGGCGAGGGCUGCUUCGGCACGGUGCAGCUGUGUGAGAUGCGCACGACGCCGCGCAGCAAGAGCAAGGCGCUGGUGGUCAAGAGCCUCAACGUGGACGCCGACGACGACGCCCGGGAGCUGUUCCUGCAGGAGGCGCGGGUGCUCAGCCUCAUCAACGACCCGAACGUGGUGCGCCUCGUGGGGACCGUGACCCGCGCCGGCGCCCUCGGCGUCCUCGUCGAGUACCUCGAGCACGGCGACCUCGCUCAGUUCCUGCAGCGCCACAACCCGGAGGCGAGCGUCGCGCCCGUCAGGAGGGCGCCUAUCUACGAGGGCCUAGAUCCGCCCGUACUCAGCUACGGCGCCCUGGUCUACAUCGCCUCGCAGGUGGCGUCGGGGAUGAAGCACCUGGAGAAGCUGAACCUGGUGCACCGCGACCUGUCGGCGCGCAACUGCCUGGUGGGGCGGGGCCUGGCCGUCAAGGUGUCCGACUUCGCCAUGAGCCAGCCCAGGCACCACAAGGACUACUACCACCUGGACGAGAAGCGCGCGCUGCUGCCGAUCCGCUGGAUGGCGUGGGAGGCCAUCCUGCAGGGGCGCUUCUCCUCCAAGAGCGACGUGUGGGCCUUCGGCGUGACGCUCUGGGAGAUCCUGACGAUGGCGCGGCAGCAGCCCUUCGACGAGCUCAGCGACGACGGCGUCCUGGAGAACGUGUCUCACUGUUACCAUGGCGACGGCUCCGGCAUGAUGCUGCUGCCGCAGCCGCCGCUCUGCCCGCGCGAGAUGUACGACAUGAUGGCCGCCUGCUGGAGGCCCAACCCCCGCCAGCGGCCGCCCUUCUGGGAGGUCCUCAUGUUCCUGCAGCGCAAGAACCUCGGAUACACUCUAGACUACGUCGAGUGAAAAACUCCCCUGUGCCAUGUCUCAUUUAUUCACAAAAUGAACGACGGACUCAACGAAAUCAAACACAGCUGCUUCCUUGGGUGUUUUUUUUUUAAUGUGUGACGCAUCCUCGAUCCUGUUCCAAGGAGGGACUCAUACACGACAGUUGCACUACUUAAAGGAAAGGAACAACGUACUUAUUAAGCCUCGACUGUACCGAGGACUGAACUACUUGGGACUCGAACUGGACGCGAUGCAAACACACCUGAUGGACAAAUCUCUGCUUCCAACCUGGGCUUUUGGGAGUACGAGCGCGAGUGAGUUACGACGGAAAAGCGAAAAGCACUCAGUCAUCUCACUUCAAAGCCUGUGAUUCAUCUGUGAUAUAUCUUAGUCAGGGACUGGCCAUCACAUUGGUGGCUUGUGAACGUUAUUACUAUUUUCCUUUUUUUUUCUUUUCUUUUUGUAUAUAUCAAUGCAUUACGAUUGAACUUAGACGUUGUGGGAAAGUGAUCAUGUUACAGCUCUGUUUAGGCAAAUACACAGCUCUGGAGUAAAGGCAUUUUGUCUUUCUCCAAAAAGCCUCAACAUUUCUAUAAACAGCAACGAGAGGUCUUUUUUUUUUUUU